ACCGCCUCCUGGAAUCUGAAAGCGUUCAGCCUGGAAAAAAACGCAACUUUUACCUCCAGCACCUCACCCAACUGAAAUCUGAAUUUUUCCACAUAUCUGUAUAUACGUUUGCUUUUUUUUUUGGAAAUUCCCUAAUCAUAUAUUGCUUUUGCGCCCACCCAUGGUGUAGUCUGUUUUUUUUGAGUAAAGGGGUUUUGAUUUUAUUCCCCCCCACGCUUUAUGCAGCCCUGCAAGUCUCAUGUAGAGCAGGGUUACCGUGGGACUGCACUCAUCGCACCGGUUCUGCAGAAAGUCGAAAAGAGGAAUUACCUGUAGCCCAGGUUCUGCACCGACUUGAAAGUCCAGUUUCGCAAGAGGAGCCGGAGAAAUAUGUCACAGGAGACGGACAAUAAGCGCUUGGUGGUAGUAUUACAGAAUGACACAAACCUCCAUCCCAGACGUGCGUACACAAGUGAAGAUGAGGCCUGGAAGUCAUACCUCGAAAACCCCUUGACAGCUGCCACAAAAGCGAUGAUGAGCAUCAAUGGAGAUGAAGACAGUGCUGCCGCCUUAGGAUUGUUGUACGAUUACUACAAGGUCCCUCGGGACAAGAGACACAUGCCAAUUGGUAAAGCAGCUGAUGCACCAGAUGACCAAGAAAAAAGAAAUUGCCUUGCGUCAGCUGAUAGUCAGAACGAUCUAGAAGUACAUGACAAUCGGGUGCAAGUUCUUAAGUCCCUCCCAGUGAACCUGUCUUUACAUCCGGAGCAUCUGGAAGCCUCAAAGCGGGAGCCUUUUGCUGCAAAUCCAGCUGAGAAUGCGCCUGUGUCAGUGGCAGGGGUAGCAGUGGUCAGCAUCAAAACGGAGGGUUACUCUACCAGCUACUCAGGGGCAAUGACUCCCACUGUGCACUAUAGCAGAGCCGAGAGCGAUGAACAGAGAGGGGUGAUCUUUGAACAGAACCUUGGCAGCAACCAGUAUGAAGUGUUCACUGUCACACACACCAACUACCUCAAAGACGACCAGCGCAGCACACCUGACAGCAGCUACGGUGAAACGUUUAAGGAUGGAAUAGCAGAAAAAUACCGCAACUCUUCAUUAGGUGAUGAAGAAUUCAUCUAUGAACAUGCAGGAGGAGAUUCAUUCCAGUACAUGUUGGAAGCCACAAAAUCAUUACGUCAGAAGCAGGGGGAAGGGCCAAUGACGUACUUGAAUAAAGGACAGUUUUAUUCCAUAACACUCAGGGAAACUGGAGCCAAUAAGUGCCUUCGCCAUCCAAUCAGCAAAGUGAGGAGUGUAAUAAUGGUGGUAUUCAGUGAAGAUAAGAACCGUGAUGAGCAGUUGAGAUAUUGGAAAUACUGGCAUUCUCGACAGCACACUGCCAAACAAAGAGUCCUCGAUAUUGCUGAUUACAAAGAGAGUUUCAACACUAUUGGAAACAUUGAAGAAAUUGCUUACAAUGCCAUCUCCUUCACAUGGGAUGUGAACGAAGAAGCCAAGAUAUUCAUCACCGUGAAUUGUCUCAGCACUGACUUCUCCUCACAAAAGGGGGUGAAAGGACUUCCCCUGAUGAUACAGAUCGACACCUACAGCUACAACAACCGCAGCAACAAACCCAUCCACAGGGCCUACUGCCAGAUCAAAGUGUUCUGUGACAAGGGAGCGGAGAGGAAAAUCCGAGAUGAAGAGCGGAAACAGAACCGGAAGAAAGGAAAAGUUGCGGGAACAGCAAAUCAAGUAAACCCUUCAUCAGAAGGUAAACUGAACAGUGCAACCUUGCAGAAGAGGAAUGAUGCUACUUUCUUCAAGACAAUGACUGACCUGGAAUCCCAGCCAGUGCUCUUCAUACCAGACAUUCACUUUGGGAACCUGCAGAGGAGUGGGCAGAUGUACAGUGUCACCACUGAUGACAUGGAGAGAGAAGGUGUCCUUGUAAAAAGGUUGUUCCGAUCAUUAGAAGAUGAGUAUCCCCCAACGGCUGCCAAACAAAUAAGAGAGGAUAUCCAUAAAAAAGUCCUGCUGUAUGUCCGGAAAGAGUCAGAUGAAGUGUUUGAUGCUUUGAUGCUGAAGUCUCCGACUAUGAAGGGACUGAUGGAUGCAUUAUCGGACAAGUAUGGAUUUCCACCAGAAAAGAUUGGAAAGAUUUACAAGAAAAGUAAAAAAGGAAUUUUGGUGAAUAUGGAUGACAACAUCAUUGAACACUACUCCAAUGAAGAUACUUUCAUUCUCAACAUUGAAAGUCUGGGUGAAAGCUUCAAAAUCACACUGACUGAAAUUUAACAGGGUUUUGGAAUCAACCAACAGACAAUCCUUCUUCGAGAGAUGAAUCACAAUUUGACAAUCUUGGAGACCUAAACGUGACCACUGGCCAGCUAUGAAUGACUGAUGAAGAGGAGUUUGCUUCAAUCAAGUGGACGUUCUCUGUACAUACUUCAGAAAUCGAUGAAGCAUAAGUGGCAUUUCUUCCCACAUUUUACUUCAUAUAUAAAUAUUGACUUUUUUUUAUGGAACUAAAUUAUCAUCACAAAGACUUCAAAAUAAGCAAAAUCGUGAUAGUACCUGGAUGGCAAAAUUUUAGCUAUUAACUGGAUGUUUGAUACAGUGCUGCCUGGUAAUGUCCUCUCUUACUUUGUCAUGCUAAUAGGCAGUUCCAGUUUAAUCACAUACUGGUUUAUCGACACUAGAUGCAUCCAGCAACACCUCAGAACACAGGAUUGUGAAAUGAAAAGGUAAUGCUUACUCCAACAGGAGAGCAAUAAGAUAUGUUCAAUUGCCUUUUACGGUAAUUAUGGGAACUUCUCCAGAUGAUUGCAUUUUAGUCAAAUGCAUUUGUGAUGAAAUUGGCAUUCACCCAACACUCCAGGCCGCACAGAGAUAUCUGUGUUUUUAUUUGGGUUCUUUUAGGUAGCUUUGAGGACCAGUAACAACAUCUUUAGUAGAACUUGACACUAACUUGAAAUAGAAAUAGCAUAUAUAAUUGUAAAAAUGUCUAUAAUGUGCAAUAUAAAUUUUACAUAAGGCAUGUUUACUGCCAUUAUGCUUUGGGUUGAGGGUUUUCAUGGUACAGUAGUUGUGUAUUUUUAUUUUUUAAUAUAAAACCUGUUUCCUUCUUGUCUAUAUAAUUAAGUUUGAAAGACAUCUUGAGAUUAUACACAGUGACUGUAUAAACUACUCUCCGGGCUAUUUAAAGGAUUUGGGAAACUUGAACGUUUUUACAAAUUGUGAAAAAAAAACUGUAGACAAGGUAAUAUUUUUGGAAAUGGGAUUCGGGGUCUUUUCAGACUAUAAAAAGACAGUUGUAUUUUAUUUUUUGUACAUUUUUUUAAAAAGCAAAAUAAACUUCCACAUGUAAA